UAAAAGGCGGAAGUGUCUAUCAUGAUACAUCUGAAUGCGCAAACACUGGAGAGAAUACUGUAGUAGUACAAAGCUGCCCCAUUGCUCGAGGUUUGCGUUUUCUUCGUCGGUCCAUCCAGGACGAUUCAUUAUACACGGUGUUAAUCAGCCUUGAUCAUGGAAUUGGAAAAAGAAGCAAAAAAGUUGACCCUAGGCCAUGAAAUAGGAUCUGGAGCUGCAUGUUUAAAGUGCAAAGACAAAUGUGAAGGCUUUGAAUUGCACUUUUGGAGAAAAAUAUGCCGGAAUUGCAAAUGUGGCUUAGAAGACCAUGAUGUUCAGACAACUUCAGAAGAGGACAAGAAAGUAGGCCGUCUCCUGGAGGAUACGAAGUACAGCAGCCUUAUAGCCAAACUGAAAACUGAUGAUCAUCCCCUUUAUAAAAGAAAUGUGGUUACACUCACUAGCCCUGUUUCAGCCAAGAAGGAUGUCGACAUCAAAACUAUUACCUAUGAGUGGGCACCGCCUGUACCAAGUCAGAUUGUGGCUGUACGCUAUAUUGAGAUGCUGCCAAAGGCGAAGCAGCCUGUGUUUGGCACUGAAGGAGCAGUCUAUCGUAAGAAGCAGAUGGCAAGGCAGUUACCUGAACAUGAUCAGGACCCCUCCAAAUGCCAUGAGUUGUCUCCGAAUGAGGUGAAGAAGAUGGAGCAGUUUGUUAAAAAGUACAAAGAUGAAGCACUUGGAGUUGGAGAUAUUAAAAUUCCAGAAGCGGUAGAAAUGCAAGUAAAGGACAAAGGAGCCAAUGACACUGGCAACAAAAGCACAAAGACAGUUGUGGGAGCUAUGGGAGAUGGGGCAUCCACUGGCCAAAAGAAGACUAUUUAUUGUUGUUAUCACUGCAAGCUGAACAUGAAAGAAGGUGAUCCAGCAGUGUAUGCUGAACGUGCUGGUUAUGACAAGCUUUGGCACCCAGCUUGUUUUGUGUGCUGCGUUUGCAGUGAGUUACUAGUUGAUCUGAUUUAUUUUUGGAAGAAGGACAAGCUUUAUUGUGGCCGUCAUUACUGCGAUAGCGAGAAGCCACGAUGUGGAGGUUGUGAUGAGUUAAUCUUCAGUAAUGAAUAUACCCAGGCAGAGGGACAAAACUGGCAUUUGAAACACUUUUGCUGCUUUGACUGUGACUGUGUGCUGGCUGGAGAAAUUUAUGUAAUGGUGAACGAGAAACCAGUCUGCAAACCAUGCUAUGUAAAAAACCAUGCUGCGGUGUGCAGAAGUUGCCAGGAUGCUGUUGACCCAGAAGCUCAACGUGUGACCUAUGGUGAUUUCACUUGGCAUGCAACUACAGAAUGCUUUCAGUGCUCUUGCUGUAGCAAGUGUCUUAUUGGCCAGAAGUUUAUGCCAUUAGAGGGUUUUCUGUUUUGCUCAGUGGAAUGCAAAAAGAAAAUGAAGACUUAAAAUGUAAAUGCAUUAUUCAUUAAUAGGUGCAAAGCUUUCUUGGAAGACUUUAUCCAAAUCUAUGUAUAUUAUACUGCGUUUUUACUACUGAGUUCUACUGAGCAAUAAUGGCAAAUUGAAGCAAAGCAUAUCAGUUACCCGUUUA